GCUGUGCCAGGCGUUGCUGCUGAACAGCCUGGGGUCUCUCCAUCAGGCAGCUAGCCAUCCCCAACCCCAGGAGGGAAGGCCCUGGAUGGACCCUCAGAUUGAAGGACCCAGUGGACCUUGGGGCGAUCGCCAGCUCGAGUGCAGAUUCCUUGCUGUGACCGAGGUUCAGAGUGAGCUCUGUCGGCACUCUUCAAUGAAACCUCAUCAGCAGAUCGGGCUCUCUUCCCUUGGCUUGCCUCCUAACCCCCCUAGGCCAGGUGAGGCCCGGCAUCUGGCAUCCUGGAACUGGCAGUUGGAGCCUGAGCUGUGGGCAAGGUCACUUCGACAGCGGUUGAAUGCCCAGCUCCUCAUGGUCCCAGAGGAGAGGAGGGUAGGUUUGUCUUCUGAUGAGACAUCAUCUGAUGCCCUUAAGUCUUGGCACUUCAUAUGCGUCUUGGACAGCAAAGAACAGCCCUUGGUCUGCCAGCAGAAACAGAGGCAGAUCGUGAAGCCAGUGACUGAGUCAGGGCAGCGCACGGUGCUGGAACUCCUGCUAGCUGAGCUCCGAACUCUGUUCUCAGCUGUGUUGCAGGACAGUAGCCCUGCAGCUUGGCGCUAUCUGCAUGCAGUACUGGGUCUACUGCCUCCAUAUCGUGAGUUGCUAGUUGGCCACCUUGAUUUGCUGCCCUUCCUGGAGCAGCUGUACUGCUGGGCACCCUGGGUCCAAACCCACCUCCAUCUGGACCUGCUAGGUGCCAUUGUCCAGGCCUUUCCUCCAGACAGCUCUUUGUUAGACAGUGCUUCCCAUGCUGACUGCUGUCCCCAGAAGCGGAGGCUCCAUCACAGGCCCCCAUGCCCAGCUUGCCCUUUUGUGCAGGCCCAGUGGAGUAGGCAGCAAGUAAAGGAGGAGCUGGCCACCUGGCUGCGACCAUUGACAUUGCCCGAGCUACAGGGCUGCCUGGGCAUUGUUGGUGCUCAGGUGGCCCUAGAAGAGGCUGUGUGGCUGGAUGGACUUAGUCUCCUUCCCUUGGCACUGGCAACGGACAUCCCUGUACGGUAUGAAAGCAGUGACACUGACAAUGCAGAGGAGGAACCUGUUGGAAGAAAAGAGACCAGGUCUCAGCUUGACUAUGAAGUUCCCAGGAAAAAGGCCUUCCAAAAGAGCAGCACCGGCUUUUCACCUGAGACUUCCUUCCUGGAUAGCCAGGUGAUGACUGCUCUGAAGACGGAGAGAUACCUGAAAAAGAUCCACUUCCUCUAUCUCAAUGUGGCUCCCAGCCGGUACUUCAGGCCUUACAGCCUGAUGGUGGUGCCACCCGACAAGGUGAAUCCCGAGCACUACAUCUUCUCUCCCUUUGGGAUCUUGCAUGUACAUCCUGUGGAAGGUAGCGAGACGAUGACACUGGGUACCUGGCACCAUCACUGUGUUCUCUGGCAGCAGCUCCAGUUCAUUCCAUUCUUUAAGUAUUGCCUCUUACGCAAGUCCUUUACCUGUUGGAAGAAGAAUGUGAGAUUACAGGGGCUGCAUCGACUCCAGAAAUUCCUAGAGAAUCAUCUGCUCUUGGCUGUGCCCCACUUUGGAGCUGGGCUACUACAUAUUAGCAGGCUUCUGCAGGAGCUACACUCUGUGUCCUGGCUACCCCAGGAGCUGGAUCGGUGCUAUGAGCUGCUGGACCUGCAGAAAGCUCUAGCCAAGGAGAAACAUAAGGCUCUACGGCUGCUCCAUCGUUGCCUAAACCUCUGCACAUCCAUUCUUCGACUGGUUCACGAGGACACAUACCACAUGCAACAGGGCCUACAAGAGCGAGUGCAAAACUGCGAUAGGAUCAGGACAGGCCAAGGCUCCAUAUACCUUCAGAGGGUACAGCGCAAGCAACUGGAGCAGAAGCUGAAGCAAGCAGAGGCCUGGUGGCUGCAGCUGGGAAAGUUUGCCCGCCUGGUCAACUACAUGAUUUGUCAGAGCCUCAUUUCUGUCUUGGAGGAGCAGAUAACCUCUUUUGUGGCCAACAUCAUUCAAGCCCCAAGGCAGAAACCCUUUCUCUCAUCACAGCUAGUCUUUGAUGAUCAUGGCCAACUGUCUCAUGUACCCUGUGUUGAAAAUAUGAUCCAGACUCUAACUGGAGGCCUACAGUCUGUCAAGACCUCUGCCUUGCAGGUAGUGCAGUCUGCAGACCUGAAGACCUCCUCGGAUUCCCUGUAUUCUGAAGAAGAUGAAGAAGAGGACUCAAAAGCCGAAUUUCUGAUGCCCAAGUUCCAGGGCCAGCCCAGCGAUGCUGUGAGCAUCUUCUGUGGCCCGAAUGUGGGAUUGGUGUGGCCCUGGAAGUCUCACCCAAUUGCUGGUAUCUUGGAGGUCCGCGGAUAUCGGCUGCGGGGCCAGUACUUCCCCCGCAAUUAUAAGCAGCUGGAGGAAGACCUGGACAACAACCCUCAGAUCCAGCAGGCACUGAAUAUACAACAGGUGCUGCUGGAGGGUGUGCUGUGCGAGGUGCAGGAAUUCUGCAGGGAACAUCAUUGGAUAACAGGCAUUUAUGAAUUCCUGCAAUCCUGGGGCCCUCAGAAGUUGGAAGACAUGAGAGGUGGUCCCAUCAAGAGCUAUGUGAUGCUGGUGAGCUGCCUAAAUGUUUGGCAGGCCCGUGUCUCCAGUAUGCCUAUCGAGUUGCUCACAAAAGGCAAGUUGCUGCUACUUAGCUGCCAUGAUGUACAGGCAGAGAUGGAAUCCAAGCUGGACAGCAUAAGGAAGGACAUUCUUGCACAGGUGCAAAAUGAGUGCUGGAGCCUCAGUCAACAACUCAUGACAGAGCUCACAGAUUUCAUGCAUAUCUUCCGAACCAUCAACUCAGAUAUUCACGCCAUUGCACAGUGCACCCAGAAGUUGAAUGAAGCCAAUGAACAGUAUGUCGAGCUGGAGGAGCGAAUGGAAUACGUACGGGCACUCCAUGAACUCAUCCGCAACCACUUUAGCCUCUUUAGUGCUGAGAAUGAAGCACUGGACAUCUCGCUUCUGGAUAUGUGGGAGGCAUUUCAGUUUGAGAAAAGCCAGGCUUCAGAGUUCCUGCUCAGCAAGCGACAUGCCAUUAUGCCCAAGCUGCAGCAGCUGAUGGCAGCAGCAUUGGCAGAGCUGGAAGGCCUGCUUGCGAAGGCCGUCUCUGGUCCCUUUAUGGACCCAACACAAGAUCAGAGGAGUACUGAGCACCAGCUUGUCUCCCUAGAGCGUCAGUUCCAGAACACAGUCAGCGACCUCAGUGAACUGCACCACACCUAUGCCAUCUUCACUGUAGCCCAGGUCUCAAGUCAGCCCUCCCCCACAGAGGAUGAGACUCCUGUGCCCUUGCCAAUCUGUGGGACACGUCCUAUUGUGCAGCAGCAGCGCAUAUGGCACCUGUACCGAGUCAUCUCUGAAAACAUCAGCGAGUGGAAGUGCAUGGCUUUUGCCAAGUUCAGCCUAGCUAUGGCCCAGGAGAAGACAGAGGGCUGGCUGACAGAGGCAGCACGGAUAAGCACAACCCUGGGGCUGCACAGCCCCGUGCUGCAGCACUGCAUGCGCAUCGUGGGGGAGUUUCGCAGCUACCUGCCCCUGCUCACUAAGCUGGGCAGCCUCCACCCACAGAGCGUCAACUGCCAGUGUCUCCUGCGUGGUAUAUUUGCCCUUGGGCUAGGCAGUCUCCAAACUAUAGAACUCCUAACGCUGGGCCAGCUGCUUACUUAUCCACUGCUGGAGUUUGCAGAUCGAAUCAACCAGGUCUGGCAGAAUGAAAAUGAACGAAUUCAUGCCCAAGAGACUAUACGGCGGUUGCAGCGGUACUGGGAAGCGCGCCAGCUGCGCCUGCUCAACUUCAUCCUGCAUGUACCCUACGAGCCCCCAGCCUCAGAGCGCUCCAAGAGGCAGGUGCUCCGCAGCCCCCAGUGGGAGGUAGUGGACAAAGAUAGUGGCACCUUCAUCCUCUCAGAUUACAGCAACCUGCAGGAUUCCAUCCAGGAAAGUCUUCAGGUGUUGUCCAAGAUCCUGGCCAUCCAAAAGUCAGGAGAUUUAAACAAAAUAGCUUUGGAGUGGGUGGCCAUCAUGCAUGACCUGGGUGCCUUGCUGGAGGUGUGGCUGACUUUCCAGCAGAAGUGGAUUUUUCUGAAUAAAGUUCUGCAUGAGAUGAAGAUCCAGUUUCCUAAUGCUGACCUGAACUCUCGUUUCAAGGUCAUGGAUGACCAGUAUCGAACCCUGAUGCGCAUCUCUGUAGCUGACCCCAUGGUUCUGUCACUUGUAGUGCCCAGUGCCAAGAGGAACCAUUACUUCCAAGGCCAGCAGCUGCAACAACUGCUGCAAGCAGGAUCGGUGGAGCUGGAGGGCAUCAUCAUGAGUCUGGAGAGCGUGCUCUAUGGGGUGUGUGCUCACUUCCCCCGCCUCUUCUUCCUUAGUGACAGUGAGCUGGUAGCCCUGCUGGCUGCUCGACUGGAAUCAUGCGAAGCCCAGCUAUGGGUACAACGCUGCUUUCCUCAUGUGCAUGCUGUGAGCUUCAAGUCUUGCCCAACUGGUGAGAAAAACACAGAUGACUGGGAGUCAAGCCCAAACACACAGACUCAGGUGGAGGCACUUGCAGUGCUAGGGGCAGGUGGGGAGGAGGUGAAGCUGCAGGGUCCCCUUCCUCUGUAUCCAGAUCUCCCUAAGUGGCUGGCCUCUCUGGAGAAGUGUCUGCGCUUGGCACUGGUGCACAUGCUGCAGGGCUGUGUGGCUGCUCGCCUUGCUCAAGGCCCAUCUCUAGGUGAGGCCCUCAAGCAGCUGCCCAAGCAAAACAAGUUGUACCUGCAACUGUAUGUCCAGCACUGGAUCGACUUAGUCCAGGCCUUCCCAUGGCAGUGUGUGCUGGUGGCAGAGGAGGUGGUAUGGCGGGCCGAGAUGGAGGAGGCUCUGCUUGAGUGGGGUACCCUGGCCAUGGUCUCCAUGCAUAUGCGCAAGCUUGAGGUACUGGUGAAUUUUAUGCGGGCCCAGAGGGCUUCCCAAGGUGGGCAGUCCCUGCCUUCUGUCCGCCAGACCAGCCUUCUCAGUGCUCUGCUGGUCAUGGCAGUGACUCACCGGGAUAUAGCACAGCUACUGGAACAGCACCACGUCAGUGAUCUCACAGACUUUCACUGGGUCCGCCAACUCAAGUAUCACUUGGGUUCACCUCACAUAAUCCCCAAAAGCCCCCUACAGAGUCUUAAGACUGUUAUAUCUUCUGAACCCUCUCUGUCACCAGCGACAUGCUGGAUAGAUGUGCUAGGCAGGUCCUUCCUGUACAAUUAUGAGUACCUGGGACCUAGACUAGGGCCUCUACCCAGCCUACUGCCUGAACGACCAGCCCUGGUACUAUUAUUGGCCCUAGAGGAGGUGGCCUGUGGGACCGUACUGGGUCCUAAUGGUGUGGGCAAGACAGCUAUAGUGAAUAGCCUGGCACAGGCCCUGGGCCGCCAGCUGGUGAUGCUGCCCUGCUCACCUCAGAUAGAGGCUCAAUGCCUGAGCAACUAUCUGAAUGGCGCCCUGCAGGGUGGUGCCUGGCUGCUGUUGGAGAAAGUUCAGCAGCUGCCCCCUGGCUUGCUCUCUGCCCUGGGCCAGCGCCUGGGUGAACUGCACCAGUUGUAUGCCCCACUGUACCAGAAGGCUUCCCGAAACACUAGCACCAUAGACCCCACCCAGCCCCAGCUCCUUGGCAGUGGCUUCUUUGAAAAACAUCACGUGUCUAUGCGCCUUGGCUAUGGCUGUCUCCUGGUACUGCGUGCCCUGAGCUCUGCUGUGCCUGCCAACCUGCACCUGCUGCUGCGGCCUGUGGCAUUGGCAUUACCUGAUCUGCGGCAAGUGGCAGAGCUGACUCUGCUGGGUGCAGGGAUGCGGGAUGCCUUCCAGAUGGCUACCCGCCUAUCCAAGUUCUUCUCUCUAGAGCGUGAGCUGGUGUCUGGGCCCCUGCCCUGCCGCUUGCCACUGCUCAAGCAGAUACUGGAAGACACAAUACGGACACUAAAUGUGACCAAGGAGGAACCGAAGUGCCAGAAGCCUCGCAGCCUAGCUGCCAUUGAGGAGGCUGCCCUACUGCAUGCCCUACUGCGCUCACCACUGUUUAGCAUUCUCAAUGGGCUCCACCUGCACAGCCUCCGAGGGCUGUUGUGUGCACUUUUCCCUAGCGCCAGCCAAGUGCUGGCAGAACCUAUGACUUACAAGCUGAUGAAGCCACUGGUGGUGGAGGAACUGCAACAGGUAGGUCUGCAUCCCAGCCCUGACAUUUUGGGGUCCUUGGAACAGUUGAGCCAGGCCCUGAGCCGGGCCUCAGGCAUUCUGCUCCUGGGCCCUGCAGGCAGCGGCAAGACCACUUGUUGGCACAGCUUAUUUAAGAUCCAGAAUCGGCUGGCAGCCAUGGAGGACACCUCAACCCAAGGCUGCCAGCCUGUGGAAAUUACCCACCUGUACCCCAGUGGCCUCAGCCCCCAGGAGUUCCUGGGAUGGCUAGAGGGCUCCUGCUGGCAUCAUGGCAUCUUUCCCAAGGUACUUCGUGCAGCCGGUCAGUGUAACAACAUGGGCCAAAAGAGGCAGACAGAGGAAUCAGUCGGGAUCCAGCACUGGAUAAUAUGUGAUGGAGCUUCCAGUGCUGCUUGGCUGGACUCCAUCACUUGCCUCCUGAGUGAGCUUCCCCAGCUUAGUCUCCCCAGUGGACAGCAGAUAGCACGACCCCCAGGCACCUUUCUCUUGAUGGAGGUGGCUGACACAACAGGCAUGUCCCCCACAGUGGUAGGCUGUUGUGCCUUAGUCUGGUGUGGUGGAGAGCAGACUUGGCAGUGUAUACUUAGUGCCCUGAUGGCAUCCCUUCCUUAUGAGUACCGCCUGCAGCACCAGACAGUCGCUGAGCUCAACCACAUGGCUGAGGUUCUGGUGCCUGCAACAUUGCGAUUCCUCACCCGCCAAGGUGUCAGCUCUCUGCUGCAGGUACACGGGCAGCAGGCUGUUUGUGCAGGUGUGGCAGAAGUUACCAGCAUGGCACGCAUCUUACAUAGUCUGCUUGACCCCCACCUUCGCCUAAAGGAGGAGAAGGCCCCUGGCCCAGAGGACCUCAGCUAUAGUGAUCCUGUGGCCCAAAGCUUCAGGUCUUCAAAAAGCAGCUUUCUAAACCGGUCCCAGGUUGACAGUGACGAUGUGCCAAAUAAGUGCAGGGAACACUUGCUGGCUGUCAGCAGUUUUCUUUUUGCCUUGAUCUGGGGCUUUGGAGCCCACCUUCCCUCCAGGUUCUGGCCCAUCUUUGAUACCUUCAUAAGGGAUUCUAUUAGUCGCCUCUCCAACUACCCUGAGCCACCACCCUCAGCCUUGGUGUUUGAUCUACAUGUAAGCCCUGAAGAUGGAACACUGGUCCCCUUCACUGGCCAAUACCUGAGCAGCCACAUCAAAGGAACUCUGGGCACCUUUCAUCCUUCUAUCCAGACUGAACGGCUCUUGUAUGUGGUGGACCUGCUUCUGUCGGGGGGACAGCCAGUGUUGCUGGCUGGAGAGGCAGCAACAGGGAAGUCAGCCUUUGUGGAGGUGCUGGUAGAGCCACAUCACCCUUACAUAUACAGCCCCAUCCACCCUGCCUUCAGUUCUACCCACCUCCGUCUCCUGCUGAGCAGAGGAAUCCAGGGCCAAACACAAGCCAGCCCACAGCCUGGGCAUCACCAGGAUUCUAAAGCCUCCCUCCUCUUCUUGCUGGAGGAUCUGCACCUAGCCACUUCUGACCCAGAGAAGAGCUGCCAGCCAGUGUUGGAGACUCUGCGCCAGGCCAUGGAUGGCACUGUGUAUGCCCACAGCACCUUGGAACUGCAGACACUGCAGCCUGCAGUCAACUUCCUUGCCACUGUCACAGUGCCAGGCUACUGUGAGCGCCCACUGUGUCCACGCCUCUUUCGACUCUUCACAGUCCUGGCCCUGGAAAGCAUGACCCAGGCCACCCUGCUGGACAGACAUGUGCCCAUCAUUCAGGCUUGGCUUGAGCGUUUCCCAUCUGUGGAGCGGGAGCGUGCUCUGGCACGAGGUCUGGUUAGGGCCUCAGUAGAGGCCUGGGAGGCUGUGUGCAAUUGCUUCAUGCCUUCACCCCUCCACCCACACUACCACUUCUCCCUACACUCUGUGAGCCACCUACUGAGCAGCCUGCAGCUGCUGCCCAACAGAACAGGCUCCCGAGGCUUUGUGGACUAUCCCAACCACCAGGAGCACUUGCGCCGGGUGUCAGGCCUGCGAGGCACUUGUCUGACCGUUAUGAUGGCCACACGCAACGUGGUGCGUCUUUGGUUGCAUGAGGCACAGAGAACCUUUUGUGACCGGCUGGACAGCCCUAGGGAACGCUCCUACUGUGCCAAGCUGCUCCUAGUAGUAGCUCAGAGUGUCUUCUGCUGUGGGCCAGGGCCCCAGCACCUGGGCAAGGACCAUCAGGAGGAUGAGGAGGAGGAGGAGAGGGUGCCUGAAGUAGAAUCUGAAGGGGAGUUGGCCCAGUGGGAGGACUUCAGCAACAGCAACAGUGAAACAGAGGAGGAAGAGGAACUUUAUGGCCUUCAGGUCGCCAGAGUCUCAAACUCCAGUAAUCCAAGUCUAACACCAUCCAUAGGACCAGUAAGCAGGGGGAUGAGGGAAAGCAUAAGUCACAAGAUAAGGCAAGAGAAAGGCACAAGGGCGUCCAACUAUAGGCUCCAGGUAAGGAGAUCAUUCAAGACUUGGUGGCAGAAGAAACCCCAGAUGGACCUGGUCUCACCCUUGUUGUUACCAGUGCUACUACUACAUCCCCAGGAAAAGCCCUCAGACCUGGUCUUCAGUCAGGAGCUGAUACUGGGGCCUAACUCUGAGACCCCCAACUUGUACCUGGAACGACAGUGGGAGAAGCUAGAGGAGCAGCUGGCCACCUCAGCUGCUCAACUGAAGCUGAGCCCCCACCUGGCCCGGUGUCAUUCCAUGGCCCAGCACGUGGCCCGCCUGGUCCGGGUGCUGGCCAGGCCCCGGCAGCAUGGCCUGCUACUCUCGGGGACUCUGGGUACGGGGCGCCACACUGCCAUCACUCUGGCUUCUAGCAUUUGUCAGGCCCAUUUCUUUCAUCUACCAUCUGGGUCAGAGGAGGCCAUUCUCCAAUGUCUACGAGAUGCCAGCUGGCAUGCUGGCAUGUUAAGCCAGCCAGUGGCUCUGUUGGUACCCAGUGGUGUGGAUCUCACUACACUUCAUCGCCUCCUGGCCCUGGCAACCUCAGGCAGUUUCCCUGGCCAGUACACAGAAGCAGAUUUGGACCGCAUUGGAGAACACCUCCCCAGGGAGAACCUUGGUGUCAAACAGAACAUCAAGAAGGAAAUGGUGUUGCAGAGGUUCCACCAGCAAGUGUGCAGCCACCUUCACCUGUUCUUCCUGAUUGGAGAUAAACAGGCCCACAAGCAGCUGCCUUCCACCCUUUUCCUGAGACUCCUUCAACUGGCCACUGCCAGCAUUGACCGCUAUGAGCCCUGGGACCAAGCUGCCCUGGUCAAGGUGGCCCAGCAUCACCUGGAGGGUGCUCAGAGUCUACCCCUUGAUGACAGCUCCUGGAAGUACCCAGACCUACAGGCCUCAAUUCCCAGUGUGGCCAAAGCCAUGGCUCUUAUCCAUCUUUCGGCCACCCACUACCAUGAGCACCUGUGCCCUGCAUUGCCACUCGUCACCCCCAAGACCUUCCUAGACUUCCUGGACACUUUCCUGAUGCUGCAGCAACAGACAAUCCUGAAGAUUAAGAACAAGGCCCAGCGGGUCCAGAAUGCCUUGGAGAAUCUGAGAAUGCUGAUUAAGGAGCACGGUACCCAUGCCAAUCUGAUCUUCGACUUGGAACAGCAGCUGAAAGACUCCUGCAAGAGCCUCAGCAUGUUUCAGCAGCAGCUAGAGCAAAGCAAGCUCCUAUACAAGCAGCAGCUGGAAGAGUGUCGGCAUCAAGAGAACCUCAUUGAGAACCUGGCCAAGCAACGGGAUGCCCUGCAGGCUCAGCAAGAGGCUUUCCUGGAGCAGAUGAGCAAGGCAUUUCUGGAGCCUCUGAGCCAGCUGCAGGUGGCUGACUUUGAGGAGAUACGGAGCUAUCGAGCACCACCAGAAUCUGUGGUCCGGGUGACUGAUGCAAUGUGUGACUUGUUCCACCGUGAAACAGGCUGGGCCAGUGCCAAACAGCUGUUAUGCACUGAGGAUUUUUAUCAGGAGCUGGUGUUCUUCCCCAAGGAGAAGAUAACAGACUCAGAGCUGAUAAAGUUACAUCUAAUUCUGAAGGCUCCAGGUAUGAACGAUGCAGCCCUGCAGGCAGUGAGCCGACCUGCAGCCAGCCUGGCAGCCUGGCUCUGGGCUGUUCUGCACUAUGGGCUGGCACAUUGCCGGGGACUGCCCACGGGCCUGCUGCUGCAGCAAGUGGAGGCAACACUCACUCGGGAGCAGGCCCGCCUGGGCUACUACCAGUUUCAGGCCCAGGAGACCCUGGAGCAUAAUUUGGCCCUGGCUAAGAUGGUGGAGGAUGCCCAAGCUUCCCACAACUGCGUGGCAAAGACCCUCAGUCAAGCACAGUGUGGGCAGUAUCACAAAUGGCCCAUGAAGGCUGCACUGCUCACGCCUAUGCAUGCCUGGACUACACAGCUCCAGAAGCUGAAGGCACGCUGCAUGACUGUGUUCGGAGAUACCCUCCUAUGUUCAGCUGCCAUCAUCUACCUGGGUCCCUUCCCACCAUUGCGGCGCCAAGAGCUACUGGACAUGUGGUUAGCUCUGUGUAGGGGCUUUCAGGAGGCUCUGGGCCCAGACGAUGUGGCACAGGCACUGAAGCGGAAGCAAAAAUCUGUCAGCAUACCACCAAAGACCCCCCUGCUGGCUACACACUCUCCCUUCAGUAUUCUGUCCUUGCUGAGCUCUGAAUCUGAACAGUACCAGUGGGACGGAAACCUGAAGCCACAGGCAAAGUCGGCCCACCUGGCAGGCUUGCUUCUGCGAAGCCCCACCCACUACAGUAGUUGCCGUUGGCCUCUGCUGCUUGACCCCAGCAACCAGGCCCUCAGCUGGUUGGACCCGCUGCCUCUGGAAGAGAAUAGAUGUUUUGCACCAGCCCCCACUGAGGGUGGAGGGAAAGGCCUCAUGAGAAAUCAAAACAGAGAGAGUAAAAUGGACAUGAAAGAGGAAGAUGAUGAGAGUGAAGAGAGUAAUGAGGCCAAGGACCAGACAAAAGAGCAGAAGGCAGAGGAAAGAAAAAAUGAGCAGGAGAAAGAGCAAGAGGAAAAUGAAGAGAAAGAGGAGGAGAAAACAGAGAGCCAGGAGUCAAAGCCAGCCUAUGAAACUCAGCUUCCAUCUGUUCCCUACCUUAGUGUUCUUUCAGGUGCUGACCCAGAGCUGGGUUCUCAGCUCCAGGAGGCAGCUGCUUGUGGCCUGCCUGUGCUACUGACCAACGUGGAGCUGGGUCUAGGGUGCCAAGAACUGCAAUGGCUGCUGCAGCGGGAGCAGCUGAGUCCACCCCAGGUGCAGCCUGGCUUCUGUCUAUAUCUCAGCACCACCCUCUCCCUCUGUGCCAUGGAAAAAGUGCUAGGUUGUGAACUGCUAAAGGGGCUGAAUGUGCUGGAUCUGGGCCUGAACAUGGAAAUACUGGAAGAACAGAUGCUGCAUGAAAUCUUGUGCAGAGAAUGUCCUGAGCUCGAGACCCGCUGGCAGGACCUAAAGAUCAGAGCCCUAGAUACCUGCAAGGCUGUGGAGGCUGCUGAGGAGCGGCUGCUGACGAUGCUGCUGUUCCAGAAUCCAAAGCAUCAGAAGCCAGCCAAGUUUCUGCGGAACAUGGUGAGGGCCCAGGGAAAGCUAUGCCAGCUGCGUGCUCAUUGUGAAGAGCUAGAAGGGCAGAAACUACAGGAGAUGGUAUCGUGGGCACCCUAUCGGCCUGUGGUUUGGCAUGGAAUGGCCAUGGUAAAGGCCCUAAGCCAACUGCAGAACCUGCUACCACUUUUCUGUAUGAGCCCAGAGAAUUGGCUGGCAGUCACCAAGCAGGCUCUGGACAGCAUGAAGCCACGUGAGAUUAAUCACGGGGAGGACCUGGCCAGCCAUCUACUGCAACUGAGAGCACACCUGACCCGCCAGCUGCUGGGCAGCACCGUGACUGCGCUGGGCCUUACCCAAGUACCCUUGGUGGGUGCAUUGGGCGCUUUGGCUCUGCUGCAAGCGAUAGGGAAAGCAUCAGAGCUGGAAAGAUUGGCACUCUGGCCUGGACUAGCAGCCUCUCCCAGCACAGUCCACAGCAAGCCAGUCUCAGAUGUGGCUCGACCGGCCUGGCUUGGGCCAAAAGCCUGGCGUGAAUGUGAGAUGUUAGAGCUGCUGCCCCCAUUUGUUGGCCUGUGCGCCUCCCUGGCAGGCCACCCCAGUGCUUGGCAGGCUUACCUGUCACUAUCAUCCACAGUGCUGGGUCCUGCACCUGGGCCUGGGCCUGAGCCACUCAGCCUCCUCCAGAAGCUGAUCCUGUGGCGCGUUCUGCGACCUGAGUGCCUGGCAGGUGCCCUGGCAGACUUCACCACUAGCCUCCUGGGUCGGCCCCUGGAUGAAAACAUGUGCGCUCCCACCAUGCCCUUUAAACACAGUCAGGCUACUCAGCCCAUGCUGAUCUUGUUGCCACCGCCUGGCCACCCCUCAGCCACUCUGCAUCCUCUGACUGUCAUCCAGAAACUGGCUGCCAAGUAUCAGCAGGGGCAGAAGCAACUGCAGGUGAUAGCCCUGGGCUCUGAAGCCUGGGACCCAGUCUCAGUUGUGGUCAGCACUCUAUCCCAGGCUAUGUAUGAGGGGCACUGGCUGGUGCUGGACAACUGUCAUCUGAUGCCCCAUUGGCCAAAAGAGCUGCUACAGCUCUUGCUGGAACUGUUAGGCAGAGCCAAGGUGUUUGCAGACCUGGAAUCAGAACAGCUUUUAGACCAACCUGAAAGCAGGAAUGUAAGCACUGUUCACAGAGAUUUUCGUCUUUGGCUUAUUGUGCCUGCAGAGUCUAGUGCUUCUUUGCCAGCUGUGCUGACUCAGCACUCCAUGCCUAUUUUCUGGAACCAGUCCCUGGAGCUGGGCCAUGUUUUGAUUGACGGUGUGGAGCUAGCCCAGCAAGUACUCUACAUGCAACCCCCCACCCAGGCACUACCUCUGCUCCUCCUCCAUGGCCUCCUGCUACACCGGCAGCUCUAUGGAACAAGGCUGCAGGCACACAGGGGGCGCUGGAGUCAAGUGACUCUAACCCAGGUUCUUCAGACCCAAGAUCAGCUGUGGGCAAGUCUUAGCAAUCCCUGUGCUGCCAUGCAAGAGCUGGCUGCUUCAGUUUUCUACGGGGGUCCUCUGGGGGACACUGAGGACAGGGAGGCCCUGAUUAGCCUCACACAAGCCUGCCUGAGCCCCAGUAGCGGCAGCUGGGUCCAGCCACACACACCCCAGUCUUUGCUGGCCACACUCAUGCCCCUCCCAGAGCUAAGGGAGCUGGAUGCAAUGGCAGAGUGCAAGGCCCAGAUGCACCUACUGCCCUCACCACCUGAACCCCGGCUCUGCGGACUGAGUGAGGGCCCCCAAGCCUGGCUGUUGCGACGCCAGAGUCGCGCUCUCUUGAGUGCGCUGCAGCGGAGUUCACCCGUGUGGGUUCCUGAGUCUCGAAGAGGCGCCCAGCUCGCGGAAAGGCGACUGCGGCAACGCCUAGUGCAAGUCAACCGGAGGCUGGCGUCACUGCAGGAUCUGCUGACCCACGUGGUUCGCCAAGACGAGUCUGGCGCCACGUGGUCAGUGCUGGGGCCGAAUGAGCGGCGGCCUCUGGAGGGCGUCUUAGAGACCGAGGCUUUAGAACUGAGCCAGUUGGUGGGCACGCUACAACGCGACCUUGAUUGCCUGUUGCAGCAGCUGAAGGGCGCACCCCCGUGCCCCUCCCGCCGCUGUGCUGCGGUGGCCCACGCUCUCUGGACUGGCCGCCUACCCUUGCCUUGGCGACCUCAUGCGCCGGCCGGUCCGCAGCCGCCCUGGCACUGGCUGCGACAGUUGUCGCGCCGUGGGCAACUGUUGGUUCGUUACUUGGGCGUGGGUGCGGACGCGAGCAGUGAUGUACCAGAGCGCGUCUUCCACCUGUCAGCCUUUCGCCACCCGCGCCGCCUGCUGCUGGCCUUGCGUGAGGAAGCUGCCCUGGACCAGAAUAUGCCUAGCUCGAAUUUCCCUGGUAGCCGAGGCUCGGUCUCCAGUCAGCUCCAGUAUAAACGUCUGGAGAUGAACAGCAACCCUCUGCACCUCAGGGUGGAGAAUGGUCCAAACCCCAUGGUUCCAGAGAGAGGGCUGCUGCUGAUCGGGCUACAGGUCCUACAUGCGGAGUGGGACCCAAUAGCUGGAGCCUUGCAGGACGGUCCUUCCAGCCAACCCAGCCCUCUGCCUCCCAUCAGCAUCAGCACACAGGCCCCGGGCACCAGUGACCUGCCACCCCCAGCCGACCUGACUGUGUACUCCUGUCCUGUGUACAUGGGAGGGCCCCUUGGCACCGCUAAGCUGCAGAGCAGGAACAUCGUGAUGCAUCUGCCCUUACCCACCAAGCUCACCCCCAACACCUGUGUCCAAAGGAGGGUCCACGUGUGCAGCCCACCCCUGUCUUGAGCACAUCUACCAAAAUAAAGCUGUAGUGAUUCCAUGAAA